GGAAACUGUGUCAAUUUGACAGAAGCCCUGUCGCUCUAUGAAGAACAGCUUGGGCGCCUGUAUUGUCCUGUGGAGUUCUCGAAGGAGAUCGUCUGUGUUCCUUCAUACUUGGAAUUGUGGGUAUUUUACACUGUUUGGAAGAAAGCUAAACCUUGAAGAUGAACAUCCCCUAAUCAUGCGUGCUGCAAAUAGCUUUCCUGACCUCCAUAUGCCGUAUAUGACAUCAAAAUGAGUCAGGCAAUUGAUUGUGAAUUCCUUCAAGUUUUCUCUUUUUAAUAAUUAUUUUUAAUUUAAAAAAAAACGAUGGAAAAUGUAUAUUUUGAGCUCUAGGGCGUUAAUUUUUAGAAAGUCAGCUGGAAGACAAUUAGAUAGCACAGCAAAAACUACGAAAUGCACUGACCCCCUAGAAUGUGAUUUUUGUUACUUUUUGUUUCUACGUGGCUUUAUUUUUGUUGUUGUUUAGUUUUGCUUUGGUUUUGAUAGACCUUCAAUUUGGACGUUUGGAGGAAUGAACAUCAUUGUUUUAUUCUGGAGGGAAGUUCUUGAUGGUGUUUCUUUCCCACAAAAUUGACUUAGUUAUUCAAAUUUGGUGCUUAUAAGAGUUAAAAAAUGAAUAGCAAUGCUUCAAUUAAAAUUACAAAAGAAACAUUUUAUGUGUUCUGUUGUUUUAUUUCAGCCUAGUUCUUAUUUCUAACCUCUGAUGGCCUAAAACAAAGGUAUAUCCUGAACUAUUUUUAGUUCUGUUAUAGUACUCCAUGCUAUUUAUCUCUUUAUAAUAGGAAGGCCUCUGGGCCUUUUUUGAUCAGUAGUAAUGACUUCAUUUACCACUGUGGUAAAUGAUACACAGCCUAUUACUUUCACCACUUCUGCAUUAUAAAGUUGACCUGAGGAUAGCAAAAGAUUUUGCUUGACUAUAAAGUUGAAAGCCAAAACCUUAUUUUUGUUCCCACUCUUACCAGUCUAUUAGAUGUGGAAAUAGAGAUCUUUUUGGAUAGCUGCUAUGAAACUUUGAGAAGACUGUAGGAUGUGCAGAUACACAAUAGCAUUUUUGGAGAGGCCUGGCGAAGAAAAAGAACAACUUGAGAAGUUGUUCUUUUUGUUGCAUGCAUCAACUUGGUAUUGUAUUGUAUGGUGGGUAACAGUGCAUAUCAAAGGUGGGCUUAUGUUGCCUUUGAUUGUUAGACAUCCCUGGGUUAUCCUGUUGUUUCUAUAAGAAGUUUAUAUUUUAUUAGUGGAAUCAGUUCAUGGUGAAAUGGCAAUAAGCAAAACAUUUAAAACGAAAUAUUUCAUGAGAUAGAAUUAGGGUCAGCAUGGAACAUUCUUCAUCCCAAGGUAGGAACAAAUGGUAGAAUAUACAACAAAUGGUCUUUAAAUAUGAUUGUAGGCAUACUUGUUUUUCUUUUUAAUUGGGUUUGCACAGAAGAAACAAUAAGGUAGAAUAAAAAGUAAAGAGAAUCACAUUAGAACUAGAUAAACUUAAAACUUUUUUUGUGAAUGUAUAGGUUAAAAACAGCAUCACUAGUGGCCACCCCAUCCUUUCAAGUUCUUCUGUAAUGCUUUGCAAAGGCUCUGUAUGCUAUGUAGAAUUUAAAAUGAUUGUACUGCUACUAUUACAAUACUGUUUGUGGCCCAUAGAAUUGAUAUUUUCCAUUUUAGAUAAGAAACCAAAUGUAUAUGCUGUUUGUAUAUGGUGUUAUUAAUGUGUAGACAUGACCUUGUAUUUGAAGACCGACUUCAGGACAAGGCAACAGAUCUACCCCAUAAGUCUGGUGAUGCAGGUCCUACUAAGAACUGGGAGGUAGACGUAAAGUUUAUCAGGUCAUGCCAGGCCACAGAAGAUACAUUUGGGAGAAAGUGAAGUAUUAUGAGGGGAAGAGAGGAAUGGAAAGAUAGAAAAUUUUAUUUUGGUUGAUAAUAGUGAAUUCUAACCUGACUCAUUUUUUUUGUAUUGGAGAAAGGUUGAUACCUGAUUGUUUUGAACAUCUUUGUUACUGUUUUAAAAUGAAAGCAUGCAAACUGAACUCUGACAAUGAAAAACCACCUUUCCUUUUGCUGCCUUUUAAAGAAAUGUUAACAGAGCUAGUACUGUUAUUUUACUUUAAUGGCUAUAGUGUUAUAUUGUGUUAAAGUCAACUUUAUUAUAGUGUCCCAUAGCUGCUUUUUAAUGAAUGACAAAACAAAUAUAACUGUAGCUUAAAUUCUAUUCAACACAUCAGCAGAUCUCAAGGAUUGAUUUAUUAAAAAUGACAUGCUACUUUCUCUUGGAAAUAUGAUUGAAUAUUUAUAAAACCUGAUUAAUGGUGAUCCAGUUGGGCUGGAGGAAGGCUGGGUUGGCAGUGUUUUUAAUAGGCUAUAACACUGCUGAUGUCAAAAUAAAGAUGUGCUAUUCCUUCCUGUGCAGUUUGAAUAGUCAUGUCCUUGUUUGCAUUAACUAUUGCUGACACAAGAGUUUGCAUUUCUCUCUACCAUCUGUCUGUCAGUAAAUUUAUCUGUUUCAUUCUGUUCUUGUGACUCCUGGGAGAGGACAGGGGAUUGAUUGUGUGUGAGGGUUUUGUAUCCUACGUCAUUGGUCUGUAUUUGAGGCCCUUACAGCCAGUUCUCAAGUGUGGCCCAUCAACCAGUGCUUUGUUUUCUAAGCACUUUACUUCAGU